AUGACCACCCUCCACCCCUUCGACCCCAUCACCCCGGGCGAAAUCACCCUAGCCACCAAGAUCCUCGCCGCCGCCUUCCCCAAUGUCCCUCUCCGCUACAAGAAGAUCGACCUGCAGGAGCCCAUCAAGGCCGAGGUCGUCCCCUACAUCGAAGCCGAGCGUCUUGGCCAGCCCCUCCCCCGAAAACCCACCCGCCUCCUGCAAGUCCUCUUCCACCGCAUGGACACGGGCGCCUUUUUCAAGGGGUUGCUGAACGCCGAUACCAAGAGCGUUGUUUAUGCCAAGGAGCUGCCCAAGGAGAUUCAGGGGCCCGUCGACACCGACGAACUCAUCGAAAUCGAAGCCCUCUGCCUGGCCAACCCGGCCGUGAAGGCCGAAAUCGCCAAACUCCAGCUUCCCGCCGGAGUAACCGUCUGCAACGACCCCUGGAUCUACGGCUGUGAUGACGCCAACGAAUCCCGCCGGCUGUUCCAGUGCUACAUGUACAUCGUCGGCACGGACCACCCGCAGAACAACCACUACUCCGUGCCCUGCAAGUUCUCGCCCGUCUUUGAUGCAUUGACGCGCGAGCUCGUGCGCAUGGAUUACCUCCCAGCUACGAGUGACGCCAGUGUUGAGAGCGAGACGAAGCCGUGGAAGCCGGUUGAGACGAUCCAGUACGCGCAUGAGCUUCUUACUGAGAGUUUACGCACGGAUCUGAAGCCGUUGCUUGUGAGCCAGCCGCAGGGCCCGAGUUUCAGUGUCGCUGGGAACGAGGUGUACUGGCAGAAAUGGCGGUUCAGGGUGGGAUUCAACAGUCGGGAGGGGCUUGUUAUUCAUAAUAUCACGUAUGAUGGCCGGAGUGUGUUUUAUAGGUUGUCCAUGAGUGAGAUGACGGUUCCGUAUGGAGGUAUGCCACCACCCACCCAUCCAACCCUAUCAAUCCACCCCCAAGCGGAGGACAAUGUUAAUAGUGCAGACCCCCGCGCCCCCUUCCACCGCAAACAAGCCUUCGACGUCGGCGACGUCGGCUUCGGGAUAACCGCAAACCAACUCUCGCUCGGCUGCGACUGCCUCGGCCACAUUAAGUACUUCAACGGGUACCGCUGCGACAGCAAGGGCGCGCCAGUGCACCUACAGAACGUCAUCUGCCUACACGAACAAGACGCAGGCCUACAGCACAAACACACAAACUACCGCAGCGGCGCUGCGACCGCCGUCCGCAACCGCCAGCUCGUCGUGCAGAUGAUCUGCACCGUCAGCAACUACGAGUAUAUCUUCGCGUAUAUCUUCGACCAGGCAGCGAACAUCGAGCUCGAGGUCCGCGCGACGGGGAUCCUCAGCACGGUCCCGUUUGACAAUGAGACGCCUGGCACGACGGUGCCAUGGGGGACGAACGUCGGUCCGGGCGUCAUGGCCCCCUUCCACCAGCAUAUGUUCUCCUUCCGAAUCGACCCGGCGAUUGACGGGCACAAGAACACCGUUAUCUACCAGGACUCCGUGCCCAUGGCUGCUGAUGCCACGAACCCGUAUCUAGUGGGGUACACGACGAAGGAAGAGAUCAUUAGACGCUCGUCCUCGGCAAACACAAGCGUGGAAAACCACCGCGUCUUCAAAAUCCGCAACGACAACAUCAUCAACCCCAUCACCUACAAACCCGUCUCCUACAAGCUCCAAGCGUCCCCAGCCCAGAUGUUACUGGCCGAUCCCAAGUCCUACGGCCACAGCCGCGCCGUCUUCGCGACAAAGCCCAUCUGGGUCACGCGGUACCGCGACGACGAGCUGUUUGCCGCGGGGGAGUUCACGAAUCAGUCCAAGAACAGCACCGGCGUUGAGGGGUGGGUUGCGCGGAACGAGAACGUCGAGAAUGAGGAUUUGGUGCUCUGGCAUACGUUCGGGCUCACGCAUAACCCGCGCAUUGAGGAUUUUCCCGUUAUGCCGGUUGAGCGGGUGAGUGUUAUGUUGAAGCCGGAUGGGUUCUUUACCAAGAAUCCGGCGCUCGAUGUGCCGCAGUCUUCGCAAUCGUUCAACCAGUCGACGCUGCAUCCGCCGAAGGAGCAGGGUGCGGGGUGUUGUGCUAAGGGGGGUGUGAAGCUCUAA